AUGAAGGAAGAACUGAAUAGAAGAAUGAGAGCAGCAUGUACAGCAUUCGUACCUGUCAGGGAAGCUACGGACCAACUGACGGACCUUCGUGCCCAUCCGCUCGACUCGACAGUUCUUUCAGGCUCUGUUACGCAGCGAAGACUUGGGCAGACGCACACAACAGCUAGCCGGUCCUCGCAGCUCCAGCUUAAGAGGAAGGUCCCGUCGGAAUAUGUAUCGAAAGCAAAGCAUAGAUGGGCCAGUCACAUUAUGAGAAGAAUCGACGACAGAUGGACCAAAAGAACGCUAGAGUGGAUCCUAAAAGAUGCUAAACGCCCUCGAGAGAGACCGCCAUCGAGAUGGGGUGACGUGUUCGCUACACGGAUGGACCAGCUGACAGCUCAGCUGGAUACGGCUCAAGGACCUCGUCACCGUCACUCACGAAACUUUAGAACAUUUUAG